AUGUCAAUACCUAUAUCUUCACUUCUUACCAACGGCAUUGCCGGGCCGGCGCGUGAACGAUGGGCAUAUUUGGACAAGGUGUUAUCCACAACGUCUCCAUACGCGGGAGAAGAGUUUGUCCCUGGGGAAGAAACAAUCAACGCACUGGAAUCAUCCAGGGUACUGGUGAUUGGCGCAGGAGGACUAGGAUGUGAGAUCUUAAAGAAUUUGGCAUUGUCAGGGUUCAAGGACAUUCAUGUGAUCGACAUGGACACCAUUGACGUCUCCAACCUCAACCGACAGUUUCUUUUCCGAGAAUCAGAUGUGGGCAAGUACAAAGCCGAAGUGGCCGCGGCAUUUGUUGAACGGCGGGUCCCAGGAGUCACCAUCACGCCGUAUAACGGGAAGAUACAGGAUAAGGACGAAGAGUACUACAUGCAAUUCAAGCUCGUGAUCUGCGGACUCGACAGCAUCGAAGCCCGACGCUGGAUCAACGCCACCCUGGUCGAUAUGGUCGACAUGGAAAACCCGGAAUCCCUAAAACCGCUGAUCGACGGCGGCACCGAAGGUUUCAAGGGCCAGGCUCGUGUCAUCUUGCCCACACUCACGUCUUGCAUCGAAUGCCAGCUCUCGAUGCACGCACCCCGCGCCGCCGUGCCACUAUGUACCCUCGCCACGAUUCCACGCCAGCCGCAGCACUGUAUUGAGUGGGCGCACAUUAUUGCCUGGGAAGAACAGCGCAAAGGCGAACCCUUGGAUACUGAUGAUCCGGAGCAUAUCUCGUGGCUGUAUAAUACAGCACUUGCGCGGGCGAAAGAGUUCAAUAUCCAGGGCGUGACGUACUCAAUGACCCAGGGCGUCGUCAAGAAUAUCAUCCCUGCAAUAGCCUCGACCAACGCCAUCAUCGCCGCCGCCUGUUGCAACGAGGCCCUUAAGAUCGCCACCUCGUGUGCACCCUUCCUGGAAAAUUACAUGAUGUAUACGGGUGAUUCGGAAGAUUCAGGACUCUACACGUACACGUUUGCCGCGGAGAAAAAGGACGACUGCCCUGUCUGUGGAAACCUCGCGCAGAAUAUUACUGUUGAUCCGGACACGACGCUCGAGGAUUUCCUUGCCAGCUUGGCCGAACGCGCCGAGGCGCAGUUGAAAAAGCCUAGUAUUCGAACAGAGUCGAAGACGCUUUAUGUCCAAGCGCCCAAGAGCCUGGAAGAACAGACCCGGCCGAAUUUGCGCAAGAAGUUGAGGGAUCUGGUUAGUGAUGGCGAGGAAGUCGGGGUUUCGGAUGCGGCAUACCAGAUCUCUUUCAAGUUCAGGCUGGUGUUUCAGAAGUAA